AUGCGACAAAUAAUAAGAAUCAUUUUGUUAUUUUGCUUGUUGGCACUUAUUUCAGCCAAAUACAUUGAGCAUAAACAGCAACAAAAUGAUGAUAGUGAAGAGACCUCGUUCGAGUUAGAUGCUGAUUUUAUCAACCUUCCACAACGUGCUCAUACAAAGCGUGAAUCAGAAGUUUCAGAAGUUUCACGACCAACCAGAGAAUUGACUUUUCGCGCCCAUUUUUAUAAUCUUUUAAUGAAUAUUCUCGAUACCAUACAGUCAUCAACGAAACGUGAUAUUCGAAGAGCUAAAGAACAAGAACUUCAAAAGCAUUCAUUCAUAUAAACAUUUUGUGAUAUUUAUUUAAAUACAUUAUAAACAGAACUGAAAAUAAUAAACGUAAGGGUCUCAAAUGACUUGGUUUUUGAUA